AACAAAAGCUCCAGCAAUGGAGAUCGAUUUGAUGAUACUGAUGCCGCUGGUGGCGAUCCUCGGCAUCGUCUACUACUACAUUACGAAGAAUAAUAACUAUUUCCACGACAAACCGAUUCCAUCGCUGGCGACGGUGCCGCUUUUCGGGAGCACACGUCGGUUGGUGAUGAAGAAAACUUCUUUCACUGAUUUUAUCAUCGACAUUUACAACAAGUUCCCGCUGGUUAAAGUUUUCGGUAUGAUCGACACUUUGCAACCCGUGUUCGUGGUGCGCGACCCGGAGCUUAUCAAAAAGAUUGGAGUGAAAGAUUUCGACUACUUCGUCAACCACCGGCCAGUAUUUGGCAACAAUGAAGAUUCCAACAACAAGGCUCUGUUCAGCAAGACCCUCAUUGCAAUGAACGAUCAACGGUGGCGCGAUAUGAGAGCCACACUGAGUCCCGCCUUUACUGGCAGCAAAAUGCGCCAAAUGUUCGAUCUGAUCGUUGAGUGCAGUACCAACAUGGCCAAGUUCUACAAGGAGGAGAUCCGCAACAGUGGCGGCCGGGCACGGGAGCACGAAAUGAAGGAUGUGUUUACGCGGUACGCCAACGACGUUAUAGCGACGUGUGCGUUCGGCAUCAAGGUUGACUCGCUCAAGAACGCGGACAAUGAUUUCUACAUUAAUGGCAAAAAAAUGAUGGCAUUCAAUCGGCCGAUCGUAAUGGUAAAAAUGCUCGGUUUCCGGCUGCUGCCCAAACUGAUGAGCUAUCUAAGCCUGGAUCUGUUCGAUCGUGAGCAGAGCGACUAUUUUGUCGAGAUUAUACGCGAUACGCUAAAAACUCGAGACGCACACGGUAUCGUACGCCCGGAUAUGGUGCAUUUGCUGAUGCAGGCACGCAAGGGAGCAGCCAAACUGAAGCGUGAAGAUGAUGAUCAUGAAGAAGUGAAGGGUUUUGCGACCGUUGAGGAAUCGGAAGUGGGCAAAUCUGGCAAGGGUAUUCAGAUGACCGAACUCGAGAUGGUGGCACAAUGUUUAAUCUUUUUCCUGGCCGGCUUUGACACCGUUUCAACGUGUCUGACGUUCCUUGCUUACGAGCUCGCCAUUAACAAAGAAGUCCAGGACAAACUGUACGAGGAGAUCGUUGCGACAAGCAAAUCACUUGGCGGAGGCCCACUCACGUACGAUGCGGUCCAGGGCAUGCAGUACAUGGACAUGGUGGUAUCGGAGGGGUUACGUAUGUGGAGUCCGGCACCCGCUACCGAUCGGUUGUGUGUGCGCGAUUACGUAGUUGAUGAUGGCGAUCGGCUUAAGUUUACCAUCGACAAGGGUACGGUGAUAUUCUUCCCGGUUGCAGGCCUUCACCGUGACCCACAGUACUAUCCAAACCCGAACAAAUUCGAUCCGGAGCGUUUCAAUGAAGAAAAUCGCGAGAAAAUUAACCCAGGCACCUACCUGCCGUUCGGUAUCGGGCCACGCAACUGCAUCGGUUCUCGGUUUGCGCUGAUGGAAGUGAAGGCCAUCGUCUACUACAUGCUGCUGGAAUUCUCGUUCGAAAAAACACCCAACACUCAGAUACCGCUGCGACUGGCCAAGGGUUUUGCCGGCAUGCGCAGCGAGAAAGGUGUGUUUGUGGAGUUCCGACCGAGAAAGAAAGAUAAUUAAGGUUUAUA